AUGGAGGAUUUAGAGAAGCGGUUUGGUAGCCAUCUACGAUUGUCAGCACCUGAACGAGGGGGGAUUCGGAUUGAGGCAGGGGAUGGAAUCGAUCUUAUGUGGGGGUCGCGGUUCUCCUUGGUGGCAAGGGUUCUGACUUCUAAGGCUGUAUUCUCGGAUGGGUUUGUGGGGGUUUUUGAAAAAUUAUGGCAUGGGGGCGAUAGAGUUUCAAUAAAAGAGAUUGAUGAACGGAAGUUUCUGAUAAGAUUUGCUAGUAGACGGGACAUGCUUCGUGUUUUGGAUAUGGAGCCCUAG